AAUAUGUAAAUACAUAUAUAUAUAUACAAUGUAUAUCUUGUAGAUUCAUUUUCUGUUUAAUAUAUCAAAAUUAUAUCUUUUUUAUUUUUCAAUAAUGAAAUUAGCAUUUUUAUUUAAGAUUAAAGCAUCAAAUUAUAUAUUUUUUUGAAAUAUUCUCAUGAUGUCAGAUGGAUGGUGUUAAGGGAUUCAAAAAGAAAAAAAAUCUGAUUUCAUCUAAUUGGAACAUCAUCUCUAAUCAUUGUGGCGAACCACGUGCUCGCGGUACGCAGGUGCUACAGCAGCAGCACUAGCAGCAGCAGCAGUGCACAUACACCUGCGAAAUACGUUACACCUGCACGUCAGCUGCUGUGAUCCUAUUUCCCCAAGGUCGUAUGUCACGUGACUCCUCGAGGACCGCCUUGCUAACUACUAUCGCGAAAUUUAAUAUUUCGUCUUGCAGACUCGGCCAAGAAUUUCUCUAACAAUUUUUUCUGCUCGCCAUUUAAGUAACAUUAUGGCAUCAUUUCCGGAAGAAUCUUUUUCUUAUUUAAUUAUUUAUAAUUUUUAAACUUAUAAACUUUGAAACAAAGGAUCUAUAGCAAAUUAUACGUCACUUUCAUAUUUUAACCUUUUUAAUUUUCAGAAAUGUUAGAGGUUAUACAAUAUAAUGGUUCGGCCAGAAAUAACGUAUAACAGAUACAGACCUAUCUAAUAUUAAUUACUAUUUAUUGCCAAAUUGAUUGGAUCAAUAAUCUAACCAUAAAAUCGCAAGUGUUGAAAAAGAUUAAAGACAAAUUUUGCAGCGAUCGAGUAUAUAAUUAUAAUCGAACAUCAUUUUAAAGGUUAAUUCUUCGUCACCAAACUGUGUCCCUGUUGAUAAAUCGCAAUUGGAAUACAAACAAGGAAAAAAAUCGUGUAUGUGACGUACAAAGAAUUGAUUAAUGAAGCGGAGAAAAAAAAACAAACCGCAGUUACAUCAGCGACUACGAUGUUUGGGGUAGGCGCCGUUUACGUGAUACUACUACACCCGGCUCGUCAUCGCGAGAGCAUGUUAAUUAAAUCGAGAUUGUAAUCGAGCAGCUGGAAUCUUUCCUCGAAACCUUGUAACACUGAUUCCAUUGAAUUCUUCGUGAAUUAUGAGGUGAAAUAUGUGCGUGUUAUUUAUGCGUUUUGAUUAUAAUUAAUGGAUUUGGAAUUAAGAUUUUUUUAAAUAAAAUUGCGGUAAAAGUUGUAUUAGUUCUAAUUUAUUGUUUAAAUCGAACAAGUUUUAAAAAAAAUUUUGUUUCAAUUUUAUAAUAUUUAUAAUAUUCAUUAUAUAAAUUAUAUAAUUCAUCAAUAUCGUGGAAUUUAAUUUUUGAUGAAAUGAUGAUUUUCAGUAAUAGAAUAAUAUUUAUUGAUUACUGCGGUAUUAUUUCAUAUUAUGAAAUAAUAGGAUAAAGGACGAAAUUUCGUUACAUAUAGUUCGUGUUUGAUUCGAUGGGUUUCUAUUAACACCUCAAUCGCAUUGGAAAUUGACCACUAGAGGUGACAAGGAAUCGUCACAUACAGUACUCUCCAACAACAGGUGGUCAGAGAAUUUACCAGGUUUCCAUAUCGCGUUCCUUUUAAGCGAAGGAGAUCAAUGUUAAGUGAUCAUCGCGGAGCUCGAGUGAAAAAGCUAAAAAGAAAUGAACUAGAAGGACAUGGCUCGAGCCCUGAGUUGGGUGUCCCGGAUAUGACAGUCAUCAGCGAUAUCGACGAAACGGGAAUCAAUCGAAACCUUCAAGUUCGAUAUGGAAGGGAUCAAAUAUAUACGUAUACCGGAUCCAUAUUGGUGGCUGUGAACCCCUACAAAGAAGUGGACUUCUACACGAACGAAUACGUGAAUCGAUACCAUGGCCAAAAAAUGGGUUCGUUGGAGCCACAUGUAUUUGCAUUGGCGGAAGCGGCGUAUAGAUCACUUCAGGAUACAGAGAGCAAUCAAUCCUGUGUGAUAUCGGGAGAAAGUGGCGCAGGCAAAACGGAAACCACAAAAUUCAUCUUACAGUAUCUUUGCUCGGUGACCAGUAAUGUCGAUACAUGGGUAGAACAACAAAUUUUGGAAGCGAACACUAUCCUCGAAGCUUUCGGAAACGCGAAGACAGUGAGGAAUGAUAAUAGCUCUCGAUUUGGCAAGUUUAUGCAAGUAUGCUUUGAUAGCAAGUGGAUGAUCAAGGGAUGCAUCAUCCAAGAUUAUUUGCUCGAGCAGAGUCGCAUAACAUUUCAAAGCGCCGGCGAGAGAAAUUACCACGUGUUCUAUCAGCUGGUCGAGGCUGGGACUAGGGAUAAGGAAUUUGCCGAACAAUAUAAACUGAUGCCAGCCAGUCAUUACAAAUAUUUGAAUCAGUCUGGCUGCGUGAAAAUCGAUGGAAUCUCCGAUUGCAAGAAGCUGGAUGCUCUUAGGCUUGCAUUUAAUGUACUACAGGUCGCGCCAGAAAUGUGCGAGGGUAUUUUCAGAGUCCUGUCUGCCAUUCUCUGGCUCGGAAAUUUAAACUUUGAAGAUGUGGAUGGUGAGAGAUGCGAGCUAACUAAAGAAGACCUUGACAUCGUUGGUACAGUUGCACCUUUACUCGGACUUCAGGUUGAAGAUCUCACCAAGGUGGUUUUGAUACGACAGAUAAACGUCCGAGGAAAUAUUACUGAGAUACCAUUGAAGGUUCAAGAAGCCCGUGAAAAUAGACAUGCUAUGGCGAAAGCAUUAUAUUCGAGAACGUUUGCCUGGUUAAUUAAUCACAUAAAUAAUUGUACAAACCCUGGCCAGGAUAGCUCAAGAUUUCUUGGUGUUUUGGAUAUAUUUGGCUUUGAGAACUUUGCCGUGAACAGUUUCGAGCAACUCUGUAUUAAUUAUACGAACGAAAAGCUGCACAAGUUUUUCAAUCACUACGUGUUCGCGUUGGAACAGGAACUAUACCGACAGGAAGAGAUCCAAUACUCCCAUAUCACCUUCACGGACAACACCAUGUGCCUGGAAUUAAUCGAGAAACCUCCACGAUGUGUUCUUAAAUUACUAACCGAACAGUGCCAUAUGCCGAAAGGUUCAGACCUAGCUUAUUUGACCAAUUUGCAUGCAGAAUUCGAGAACCAUCCAUGCUAUGUGAAAGGAGAUGAUCGACGAAAAUGGGAAAAAGAAUUUGGGGUAAAACAUUAUGCAGGUUGCGUAACGUAUACAGUCGAAGGAUUUGUGGAUAAAAAUCGAGAUGUACAGCAAGACGUGUUCUUCGAUUUCAUGUCUAGAAGUACAAAUGAAUUUGUGCAAGAAAUUACAGUUUAUCAAGAUCUCUUGGGAUGUACAGUAGCCCGUGCAAGCGGUGGAAAUGCGACUACUAUGUCUCGUGGAACUUCGAAAGGCAAACCAACGCUUUGCGAUUCCUUCAGACAUCAGUUGCAAGCUUUGGUCGAUGUUCUUCAAGCUACUAUACCCUGGUAUGCCAGAUGUAUUAAACCUAAUAUGCAAAAAAUUGCAAAUCAUUAUGAUGAGAAGUUGGUUUUGGACCAGUUGAAAUAUUUAGGCAUGUUGGAUAUUAUUAGAAUCAGGAAAGAAGGUUUUCCUAUACAUAUGCCUUUCCAUGACUUUAUAGCAAGAUAUCGUUGUCUGGAAAAAGGACGUAUGUCGCGUACUUAUAAUGAAAAAGAAUCUGUUAGAUCCUUGAUUAGUAGUCAAGGUAUACCAGAGACCGAAUGGCAAAUAGGCAAGACUAAAGUAUUUUUAAGAAGUUAUGUACAUGAACCUUUGGAAGAUUGUAGAAAUCAAAUGGUUACUAGUAACGCAAUAAUGAUUCAAAAAAUAUGGAGGGGUUAUACAGUUCGACGCGAAUAUAAACGCAUAAGAGAUGCUGCAUUGAAAGUACAACAUGCAUACCGAGGCUGGAAAUUGAGAAUAAUGUUUAUUAGAAAACGGAGAGCAGCUAUUGUGAUACAAAGUCAUUUACGUGGUGUAUUUGCAAGAGAAGUUGCAGCCGCUUUGAGAGAAAUGAGACGAGUAGAUGAAGAAAUGAGGAAAAGAGAGAGAUUGGAAGAGGAGAGAAGAUUAAUGGAAGAUAAGAAAGCUUUGGAAGAAAGUCAAAGAAAAGCACAAGAAGAAAUUGCUGCAUUGUCCCAAAUGGCGGAGCAAAUGAAUUCUAAAAUGGCUGCAUCAGAUUUACAAUCUGUAGACUUAGACAAUCUAUUUUCAUUCUUGUCUGACGUACAAUCAUCAAAAGGUAAUCAGAUCAUCGAAGAAAUUGGCGAACAAAUGGACGAAUUGGUAGAAGAUCUUGAUGUAGAAUUAGAAACAGUAAUUCAACAAGAAUUGGAAAUGAAUUCGAAAGCAGAAUCUAAAGCAAAUACUCCAAAUGGACAAGAAGUUACCUCGCCAUUGCAACAACAAUCUCAAAGAAUACCUUGUUCAAAUACUGGCAAACUUGGUCAGCCGAGUCUUCCAGAGCCUACUGAACCUCCUCCACCUCCACCACCUCCUACUACAUUAACAAUAAAUGGUGAUUCUUCUACUGAUAAUGGAGAGCCAAUUUAUGAAUCUGUGUUACCACGCGAAGAAAAUAGUCCUAGUAGUCCAAUUUUAAUUAAUGGAAAUUCUGGACCAUUGGUCAAUGGUGAAUCAUGUAGUUCACCUCCACCAGUACCAAAUAAUAAAAUCAUGAAAGAAUCAAUUGCUGGUAGUCCUCCAUCUAGACCAGGAUCUAGAAAUUCAAACAAUCAUCAUUUACAUCAUAAUCAUCAUGAACCAAUACCUCAACAACAACAGAAUGGUCAUGAUCAACAACAACAACAAUCACAACAAUCUCAACAACCACCUGUAGAAAGAGAACAAAGACGCAAAUGUAGAGUAGAACGUAAACUUCAAGAAUUAGAAGACAAAAAAGAAUCUGAUAACGAAGUUACUUAUCAUGAUAUUGUUGAAUUUGCACAAAAUUAUUUCAAUAGUCAUGAGCGAUCUCCGGAAGGUACGAUAAUGGCUACACUUACUAGAAAGUCACGUGGCAAGAGUGUAGAAUAUAUUCCCAAGUAUGAAAUGGUUACUUAUUAUAAAGGUUCUACUAUACCAAAUUCUCAUAUUCAUAUGUAUGAUCCUGAUAAUGUUAAUGUAGCUUGUUCAGUCUUUAGAGACCUUUGUAAGUAUAUAAGAGGAGAAAUGAAACUAGAUCAAGAAAUUGCAACUAUUCAAAGCAUAAUUGGUUACGGUAUUGAACGUGAAGAAUUAAGAGAUGAAAUUUUCGUUCAAUGUAUGAGGCAAGCAACUAAUAAUCCCAACCCAGAAUGGGCUGAACGAGUAUGGUUAUUGCUCUGUUUAGCUAUUGUUGCUUUUCAACCUAGUAAACUAUUGUAUAAAUACUUUGUAUCUUUCUUACGAAAGAAUUUGGCUCUUGAAGGCAAACUUCGACAGUAUGUUCAAUGGUGUGUGGAUAAUUGUAAAAACAUGAAAGUUUCCUGUAGACAACAUCCACCAUCGACUGUAGAGAUUGCAGCUAUGAGACGAUUAGGCACUAUAGUUUGCCGAUUUUUCUUUUUGGAUGGAAGAACCAAAGCAAUUGAUGUGCAUCCAACAGAUACUGCUGCCGAUGCUGUUGCCAAAUUAGGUGAAAAGUUAGGUCUUAGAUCUCUAGAAGGUUGGGCAAUUUAUCAAAGUAGACCAGAUGGAGAGGAACAUGUACGAGCACAUGAUUAUUUGUACGACGUUAUAGCCGCUUGGGAAAUGAAACAAUGCAAACUAAACACAGCACAAUCAACCUUUUCAACGCUUCGUCGUGGAAAUAAUGCUACUUUAGGAAGUGGUGAUAAUCGAUUCGUUUUUAAACGAAGACUUUUCCGAAAUACCCGAGAAAUAUCUCAAGAUCCUGUCGAAGUUAAUAUGUUGUACGCUCAAGCUGUAUAUAACGUUGUGAAGUGUGACGACUUUCCAGUAUCUGAAAAGGUUGCGCUCCAAUUAGCAGGCUUACAAGCGCAAGUCGCUUUGGGCGAUCCAAAAGAUAACGAUCGAUUAGAUUACUAUAGUGAAGUUGAUAGUUUUUUGCCUUAUCGAAUCAGUCGAGCCCGUGGCGAUGAUGUUUGGGUGCCAAUAAUAGCGCAGGCACACAGACAGUAUGGUGCCGGUCGCAAAGAAUUGGCGGCCAAGGUGUUAUAUUUAUCUUGUGUAAUGCAAUACCCUCUCUACGGCACGACUAUGUUUAACGUUACUUAUCGAGGUUAUUGGUCUUAUGGCAAUCAAUUAAUCUUAGGUAUCAAUUGUGACGGAUUGAUGUUGAUUAAACCAGAUGACAAAUUCGUCUUAUCGGAAUAUCGUUAUCAAGACGUAGAAAGCAUCAUGUUAGACCCGAGCGAUUCUUUCAUAACAUUGUCUCUUCUUCGACACAAUCCCGAUAGUUCGCAUAAGUGUUUUGUUUUCGAAACACCGCAGAAAAAUGAGAUAGGUAGUUUGAUCGUUAGUUAUUGUCCUGCACUGGCAGGUUGGAUCACGGAAAAUGAGGUUCCUACUAAGAAACUCAAAUGUAUUACUAACGAGGAUCGUAUUAGACUUUAUCAUAAUUUAGUUAAUUGUCGGCGAACUUUAGUAGACGCGGAGAUACUAAGAAAACCUCAAGAUUCUGGUGGGGGAUUUCUGAGAAAUACUUUGCGAAGAUUGUCUAAACACCGGAUAGAAAAACUUAGACAAGAACAUGGUAGCGCAACUGAUCAUGGUGAAACUUAUAAAGGAUUUCCUUAUGCUUACUGGGCAUUUAGUAGACAAGCUAUACCUCAAAGUCUUUCGAAACUGCCAGAUCCUGAUGAGCAAAUGGGUCUCAGUGUAUUCCAAUUAAUUUUGACUUAUGCUGGGCUAGGGCAAAAUGGAGACACUGUUCGUAGAGUAGAAGAUGAACACGUGAAUUUAAUACAAACCGUAAUGGAACGUUGUAUAAGAAAAGAAAAUUUGUUAGGUGAAUUGUAUCUUCAGUUGAUUAAACAAACUACGGAUCAUCCCGAUCCUAAUAGUCGCGUCAAUCUCAGGCAUUGGGCGUUACUUUCAUUGGCCUGCUCAGUUAUCUUACCUCCACAAAAAGUCGUUCGAAAAUAUCUAAUAGCUCAUUUGAAACGAUGUGCUAGUGAUUAUGUUACCGAAGAGGGGAAGUACGCCCGAUUUGCUGAAAAGUGCCUUUACAGAACGCAAGGCACAAGAAGAAGACAAUGGCCGCCAAGUAGGGAAGAGAUAAUGUGCACAAUUAAUCGCAGACCUAUUUACGCAAGAUUCCAUUUUAUGGACGGGCAGUAUCAUGCUGUUGAAUUUCAUCCAUCAGCUACUGCUAGAGACGUGAUGGAGAUUAUCAAAACUAAAAUUGGUUUAGAAGAGACUGCCAUGGGAUAUGCCAUUUAUGAGGUCUUAGGUCCAACUGAACGAGCCCUCAUACCGGAAGAAAAAAUUGCUGAUGUAAUGUCAAAAUGGGAACGUUAUAGAACGGCGAAUGCACAACAAAAUCAAACUCAGAGAAAACAUGCACAUCAUUUCUUCUUAUUUAAAAAACAUUUGUUCCUUGAUCAGUAUAUGAACCUUGAUGAUCCGGUGGAGAAAGAAUUGCUUUAUCAUCAAGUACUACAUGAUUUACGUGCUGACCGAUUUCCUAUCACUGAAAAAGAAGCUAUGAUGUUAACAGCGUUACAAGCGCAAUUAGAACUUGGUGACUGUGAAAAUGCUGUGUCUGAUUACGAUUAUCGUACUAUAUCAAGUCACUGCCUGCCUCCAAGACUGGUUCCAACUUUGUGUAUAGAAGGUGUACUUCAACAUCAUCAAUCAUUACGAGGAAUGACACCACCUGAAGCGAAGAAAGCUUUCUUAAAUUUAAUUCAGUCAUGGCCACUUCACAGAGCUACGAUAUUCGAUGUCAUGCAAUCAUUUACUUCAAACUGGCCACGUGUUUUAUGGUUGGCCGUUGAUCAACAAGGUCUUCAUCUUCUGGAACAUCGUUCCAGGAACACUCUUUGUACCUACGAAUAUAGCAGUAUUCUAAGUUAUAGUCCAGCUGUUAGUUGUUUGAUGAUUAUCACUGGUACUGAUAAGAAGCAAAGCAAAGUUAUUCUUACGACAUCUCAGGCACAUCAAAUUGCGAAUCUAAUUCGCGAAUAUAUGGAUGUCCUUCAAUCACCACCGGAAAUACCAAAAAGAGAAUCGGCGAUAGCUCAACAAAUUACUCAGCAACCGAUUCAACCACCGACAAAUCUUCCGGCUGCUACUGGUAGUCGUAAAUCUCGACCUGCUUCGGUAUUACACAGAGGUGCUCCAGUGAUACAAUCACAAGCUAGUUAAAAGAUUAGAUAACUUAUUAGAUGUAAUACUUCUCCUCAACCUCAUACUUUAUUCAUUACCUCAGUAAGGUAAAUUUUUUUUUUAUUAUAUUUAUAAUACUAUAUCUAACAUGCAUUUAAUUUAACGAUAAUUAUAAUUAAUUAAUAUAUUUUAAUUAAUUUUAAUUUAUAUUACUUAUUUUAUUUAUGUUACAUUUUUUUAUAUACUUUUGAUAUUUUUGUGUUUUAAGUUAAAUUUUUUAUAAUAGAUAAUAAUUAUAGAAUAAUUUCAGUAUCAGGUUGCAGCGAGAAAGUAUCUCUGUAAUUAAUAUUUUAUCGGCAAGGCCUAUCAGGCGAUCAGGUCUCAUCGCAAUGAGACGGGUACUAGCCUAGAAAUACUUCUUUCUUCCAGUAUUUAUUCAAUUAGCUUAGAGCUCGAGAGACGUCGAAAGAAAAAUAGCUACUGCCAUUAAAAUAAUAGAUUAGCAAAUGGAUUGACAAAUAACUGCCAUUUUACGAUUUUAAAAACUAUUACAAAAAGCUGUCGGAGACUUCUAUUUCUAUUUUAUUCGUCAUUGUCGUUGUCUUUUUUACGAGCGAUUGUCAAUGUUUUUUAUAAAGUUUUUUGCAGGAUAUACAAUCAUGAAGGACAAUUAUUAAAUCAAUCUUUAAACACUAAUCCAAUAAUAUCAUACUUUUGGCAUAUCAUUUUUUGUAUCGUUCGACGAAGAGUGAUUAUAAAAUUUUUGAUAUCACUUCAUUUAAAUGAUAUCAAAAACGACCAAUUCAUUAAUUUUCAAUUUUGUCUUUUUUAUUAAUCACUCUAUUCAACGAUACAAUUAUAUAUAAUACAGAAUUUUUGAUUCUGUCAUAUUGCAGUCGGCGUUUCAAAAUUUCAAGUGUUAACCUUACGCAAAAUUUAUAACGAUUAUAUAUAUUAUAUUUAGACAUAAUAUUUCACGUAAAAUUUUACUCAACGUAUAGUAAAAAUUAUAAUAUAAAAAUAUAUAAAUAACAUUUUGGGAAAAGAUAGCAAAAGCAAAUUUCUUAAACUCGUAUUUUAUCAAAUAUAUUUAAAAAUGAAAGUUGAACGAUAAUCUAUGCUUUUUUUUAAUAGACAAUCUUUUCGUGCUAUCAUCCUUUUUCUCGUAAAAUUUAUAAUUAUAUGAAUGAAAACAAGUAGUUUAAUUAAAAAAAAAACUAUCGUUUAUGUGAAAAUUUAAUAAAAACUCAUAAUUCCGACACGAUCACAUUGAUCGAAAAUUGCCACGAAAUUGCGUCCAGAAAACUUUCUUUUUUUAAUCAUACUUUUCGCUCGAUAUUUUUGUGUGUAAAUAUCAAACAAAAAAACAAAAAAAAAAUGUUUAAACUUAAAACAAUAACAUUAGGUUCUAAUUAAAAUUCUCCAGUGUUCAGUGAUUACAUUUCCAUAUAAAUUAGAUUUAAAGCUUACUUAUAUAUAGAAAUGAUAUUAUCUAAUUGUAAUUUAACUUUUUCAAAUACAAUCUUUCAUAAUGUAGCAUGGAAUUCAUAAAAAAAUUGAAGCUCUUUCAAAUCUUUACACUGUUUACUUAAUGUAAAAAUGUCAUUAGUUUUUUUUUUGCUAAUAUUACAAUUUUAAUAAAAUUCUUUGAUAAUGUAAUUUACGAAGUCCAAUAUUAAAAAAAUAUUAUAAAAAAGACACUUUUUAGAAGUCAGGAAAAGGUUAAUAUAAGAUUACACAAGAAAUUUUCUCUAAGAAUUUUUUCUCGAACACUGGAGUUCAUAAAAAAAAAAAAUUCUGAGUUUAUUCGGACCAAGAUUUCGUCCCGAAAACUCGAACCAUUUUCAGAUCCUUAUUUAUGCAAAAAUAUUAAAGAAAAAAAUUGUUUAAUAUCAUAUAAUUAUGCAAAAAAAAAACGAAACUAUAUGAUUCCUUAUAGCAAAUACGUUAUUUAAAAAUUGACGAUAAAAUACAAUUAUACUGCAAUACUGGAUUUAAUAACUCGUAAAACAUUUCAAAAACAUUAUAAAAUGCGUAUUUAAGGAUCGAUUAUAUAAAUUAUGGAGAUUCGAGAAUUCGUUGCGACGAAACGAAAUGUUAAUGUAUCCUCUAUGAUCUGUAUUUAUUCCAAUUUCCUUUCCGGGAGUUUGGCUAAGAUUCUACGAAUGCAGAGACAGACUGUGAUCCGCUUUGGGUGUCCUUAGUCUUCGAGAGCUGUUUAAUGAGUGAGAUUUCGAGUUAACUAAUUAAAAAACAAAAAAAAACAAGAAAAAGAAUAGAAAAAAGUGAGCACGUGUGCGUGUAUGUGAGAGAAAGAGAGAGCAGAACAUGUUUUGCGUGAACAUAAGAAAAGAUGAUUUUGCGAUGCAUGCAUGAUAUUUAAGAGAAAAAAAGAAAGAGGGAGAGAAAUACGCGAUCCCUUGUAUGUGUAGCUUAAAUAAAAUAAAUUAUUGGUUGAUGAUGUUAUAUUGAAAUAUUUAAAAAUGAUCGACACUGUAUAUACGUAUAUAUAAAUAUAGACACGCAUAGAUGAUACGCACACUGUGAAUUACACUCAAUUACACACACGACACGACAGACUGUUGUAAACUCGGAAAUACACGUACAAAAAGAAAGAUGGAAAGAGUUACACGCCUACAUGUGUGUGUAUGAGUGAUGAGAAUAUACAUAAUAUUAUAUAAAUAUAAAUAUGAACAUAAAUAUAAAUAUAUAAAUAUAUAUAUAUAUAUAUAUAUAGAUUAUUAAUAUACUCGAGCUAUGUAUAAGGAUAAAAUAAAAAAGCGAAGCUUUAAUAUUGCAAGUAACAAGAAUUUAUUUAUUCAAUUAUAAUUGUUAUUUGAUACACGCUACAUAAGUACAUUUAAUACGUAAUUGUUAUGAACUUAUCAAAAGUCAGAUAUUAAAUAAAAUAAAUAUGAUCGUAUAACAUUUAUACAAAUUUAAUUGGCAUUGAAAAUAUAAAUUACAUUGAUUGAAAAUUAAAUCUAAUAAAUUUUAAACGUUUUAAUAUAUUUUAUUAAUAUGUAUAACUUGAUUAAAACUAUCAUUUUUUAUGUAUAUAUACAUUUUUUAUUCAUUAUUUUGUAUACAAUAAUCAGACAAGUAACAGUACUUAUUUCGGUUCACAUAAUUGCUCAUGUAUUUGCGAUUAGAUAUUUUGUUAAUAUUUUAACACAUUAGAUAUACAUAUAUUCAAUUAAUUGUGAUGUUUUUGAUUUCUAAUUAAGAUAACGAGGCAAAUACACAAGCAAUCAUAUAUACAUAAAUAUUCUUUUUAUAUAUGAUAAAAUAAAUUUUUAAAAAUAAAUAAAAUAAAAAUUAAAAACUGGAAAAAUGAUAUAAUCAAACAAAUCGUUGCAUUUGAUAGCGUUCUCAUAUUUGUACGUGCUAUUUUCGGUUAUUCAAUUUAUUUAUUAAAAAUGCGUUUUUCUUUAGGUCUCUUUCCCACGUUUUUAAGUUUAUAAAAUAUUACGAUACUUAUUGAAGUAUAUUAAUUCUUUUUAAUAAAUCAAUUCAUAAAAUUUAACAAAAAUUGAAAAUCAAAAAAUUUUAUUAUUUAAACAUAUAUUUCUAGAGAUACGUGUGAAAGUGGCCUGAAGUUGAUUAGAAUUUUUGCGCUUCACAUUGUCUUUAUCUUUACCAAUAGAUUAAAAAUAAAAUUUUAAAAAUUUAAAAUGCAUAUAAAAAAUCUGUGCGUUCUUUUUCUCAAAGUUUUGUAUAAUGAAUACCAUAUAAAAAUAGUUUCACAUAAAACAAAGACUUGUUCAAUGAAUAAUGAUGUUAAAAUUAUCGGUGUAAUUAUUUCGUUUUUUAUAAAAAUUUGAUAUCAAAAUGGAUCCAUUUUGGCUAAGACAAAGUCAAUGUUAUAGCAUGUAAGAUUAUAUUUUAUUACCAUUUUUUUUAUUAUUAUAAUAGUUUUUUUUUUAUAAUGUUUCUUUGGCACCUGUAACAAAAAUGCUGGAUAAAUGAAUGAAAAUACACUUUCAGAAAUAAAUUUUUCUUACAUAAAUAAAA